CAGAUCUCUUAACCAUGUAGUGUUGCUCGUUCACCGUCCGGCGACGCACCACGAUCCGCAAACUGAUUUUUAUCACACCUUGGGCCAGUUUGUGAGUGUCGCGAGUGUUUAUUGACAUUGCUUGUGACGAUGUGCAGCAACGAUAGCUCCAGCUCUUCACCGAGGCUUCCGAUGGCUUUUGGACUCGAAGCUAACGCGCCCAGAUCUAUGUUACCCAUAGACCAAUAUAGGAUUCAACUAUAUCAAUAUGCCGUCGCUGAACGACUUCGUUAUCCCCUUUUAAACCCGUUUCCCGCACCUCUUCCAUGUUAUCCACUGUUUCCCCGAGCUCUACAACCCGAAGAACCUAAACCCCAACACAGUUACAUCGGCCUCAUUGCCAUGGCAAUUUUAAGCGCACCAGAAGGUAAAUUAGUGCUAUCCGACAUCUACCAACACAUCCUCGAUCAUUAUCCAUAUUUCCGUACCAGAGGACCCGGAUGGAGGAACUCGAUACGUCAUAAUCUUUCUUUAAAUGACUGCUUCAUCAAAGCUGGUAGAAGCGCGAAUGGAAAAGGACAUUACUGGGCAAUACAUCCAGCUAACGUUGAAGAUUUCCGCAAAGGUGACUUCCGAAGACGUAAAGCUCAAAGAAAAGUAAGAAAGCACAUGGGUUUAGCCGUUGAUGAAGAUGGUGCAGACUCUCCAAGUCCUCCUCCGUUAUCAGUAUCUCCACCCGUUGUAGUUCCUGGACCCUCAACGCCAGUUUUUUCAACACCAGCCAAAGGAACGUCUAGAAAGCGACAGUUUGACGUCGCAUCACUUUUAGCGCCAGAUUCUGGCGAUGAUACACCGGAAGAAGACAUCGACGUGGUGAGUAGCGACCAACAAGAGCAAUCCGCGUCAAGACCGUGGCCGAUGUUUCCAAUUGUCAACUACUAUCAGGCUUUGCUCCAGGCUAGACCAAGUCAAAAUGAAACCACCACCACAAGCAAUGAGACUAUUGAUUCUUAAAGUGGAUUUUUUAAAAAAUUAAUCUUGGACU